AUGGGGGAAGGAAAUGAUUCAGUGGUGUCUGAGAUUGUGUUGGUAGGACUCACUCAUUCUUUGGAGAUGCAGCUUGUCCUCUUUCUCAUUUUCUCUGUUUGCUAUAUGGCAGGAAUGCUAGGAAACCUCCUAAUUGUGCUCACAGUGACCUGUGAUUCCCACCUGCACUCCCCCAUGUACUUCUUGCUGGCUAAUCUCUCUUUUAUUGACAUAUGGGUUUCCUCCAUUACAGUUCCCAAGAUGAUUUCUGAUCUUUUCAAGGAGAGAAAAAUAAUCUCUUUCAAAGCUUGCCUUACACAAAUGUUCUUCAUUCAUGUCACGGGAGGAACUGAGAUGGUGUUGCUCAUAUUUAUGGCCUUUGACCGAUAUAUUGCCAUAUGUAGGCCUCUGCAUUACCUGAUCAUCAUGAACAUCAGAACUUGUGUUAUACUCUCGGUGGUUGCCUGGACUAUGGGAAUCAUCCACUCACUGAUCCAGCUUGCAUUUGUUGUAAACCUACCACUUUGUGGUUCCAAUGAAAUGGACAGCUUUUACUGUGAUCUUCCUCGAUUUAUUAAACUUGCUUGUACAGUCACUUAUAGAUUGGAGUUUGUGGUUACUGCUAACAGUGGCUUCAUCUCCUUGGGAACGUUCAUCAUUUUGAUGGUCUCCUAUAUCUUCAUCUUGGUCACUGUUUGGCAGCACUCCUCAGGUGGCCUGUCCAAGGCCCUGUCUACAUUGUCUGCUCAUGUCACCGUUGUGAUUUUAUUUUUCAGUCCAUGCAUUUUCGUGUAUUCAUGGCCAUUUCUCACAGUGCCUAUAGAUAAAUUUCUUGCCAUUUUUGAUGUAAUAAUCACCCCAUUUCUGAACCCUGUCAUUUACACUUUUAGAAACAAAGAGAUGAAGAUGUCCAUGAAGAGAAUAUUCAGCCAAUUGCUGAGUUUCUAG